AUAUGUUGUCACUGAAUUGAUGCAGAGUGACCUCCAUAAGAUUAUCGUCUCUCCUCAGCCACUCAGCUCGGAUCAUGUCAAAGUUUUUCUUUACCAGAUUUUACGAGGUCUGAAAUAUCUACACUCUGCUGGCAUUUUGCAUCGAGACAUUAAACCAGGGAACCUCCUUGUGAACAGCAACUGUGUUCUUAAGAUUUGUGAUUUUGGAUUGGCCAGGGUGGAAGAAUUAGAUGAAUCUCGCCACAUGACUCAGGAAGUUGUCACUCAGUAUUACCGAGCUCCAGAAAUCCUGAUGGGCAGCCGGCACUACAGCAAUGCUAUUGACAUCUGGUCUGUAGGCUGCAUCUUUGCAGAAUUACUUGGGCGAAGAAUAUUGUUUCAGGCACAGAGUCCCAUACAGCAGCUGGACCUGAUCACAGACCUGCUGGGCACGCCGUCGCUGGAGGCCAUGAGGACGGCUUGCGAAGGCGCCAAGGCUCACAUACUCAGGGGUCCUCACAAACAGCCAUCCCUUCCUGUCCUAUAUACACUUUCCAGUCAAGCUACACACGAAGCAGUUCAUCUCCUGUGCAGAAUGUUGGUCUUUGAUCCAUCCAAAAGGAUAUCUGCUAAGGAUGCCUUAGCUCACCCGUAUCUCGAUGAAGGGCGGUUGCGGUACCACACUUGUAUGUGUAAAUGUUGUUUUUCCACGUCUACUGGAAGAGUUUAUACUAGUGAUUUUGAACCCAUCACUAAUCCCAAAUUUGAUGACACUUUUGAAAAGAACCUCAGUUCUGUUCGGCAGGUUAAAG